AUGACUAGUGCAAGUAUUACGAAUACUGGUAACGAAACCAUGAACCUUCCACAGAUGCGGUCGAUUUGGCUGGAUGAAGAUGAAGAAGCUGAGAAGCUCUAUGGUCUGCAAGCCCAACAAUUCAUGGGAUCUGAUGAUGAUGAUGAGAACUUAGGAAUUACUUUCAUCAACAGUGAUAAACCUGUGCUGAGUAACAAGAAAAAUAUCGACUUGCCUCCACUUUUACCAAAUGCCCACUCAUCUAGCUACCAUAGGAGAAGUAAUUCUAGCUCUGCAAAGUCUAAAGAAUCUUCAGCAUCCAGCGCCAGCAAGACAAAUCACAAAAAUGUUUUCUUCAAGCUCAGUUUGUUGAAGAAAAAGUUUCUUGGUGCUCAACUGGAUAUAAGAGGUAAAGGCAUCUCCACUCCGUUUGAUUUUCAACAUAUUUCACAUGCUGACACCAGAAAUGGAUUCCAGGAUCAGCAGGUACAGGAACCUUCGCCACUGCCCACAGAGAUUGAGGACGAUUGUGCUUCCUCCUCAAGCAAGCGGGAUUCGAGAUCACUAAAUAAGGCCUUUGUCACUGAAAGGAUUCCUGCUAAUCGCGAAAGCAAACUCAUUUCAAGAUCUCACGACAAAAAGACAUCAAGAUUAUCAGUCGCGCGUUCGAUCUCGGUCACUUCGUCUAAUUACUCUAAAAACACACAAGGAAACAUCCAUUCCAUUAAUGGGAGAGUUGUAUCUACUUCAACCAUGGCUACAUCUAUUUUUGAGUAUUCUCCAAACGCAUCUCCAAAACAGCUGAAAAAUAAGUCACAUGCUCUAGGUCAUAGAUACACUAAUUCUACGGAUUCUAGCGAGUCCUCACUGGAUUUUUUGAAGAACUACAAUUUCCCCACACUACUUGAAGAUAAGCCGAUUUUAGACUUCUUACCUCGUUCGCAGAGGUCAAGUGCUUACCGUAGCCUUUUAGAGACCCCAAAUUCAAAUAAGGAUUCAUCAAAAGUUUUCUCUCCUUUACGACAAAGUCCGCUUCUCAAGAGAAGAAACUCUAUAGCAACGCCUUCUCCUCAAUCUAAAUUUUCGUAUGCUGACUCCCCUGCCAACUAUAGAAAAUCUUUCGAUGAUGUUCUUCAUCCUUACAACCAAUUGGAACCCCUGCAGAUUUAA